AUGCCCUCUCACAUAUUUGGCUUUCCGUUUUCUCCUUAUGAUGGACAGCAAAGACUUGCCCAGUCCAUUUUUGAUGCCUGUCAGAACGGAAAAACAGCGAUACUAGAGUCUCCAACAGGAUCUGGGAAGUCAAUGGCGGUUAUCUGUUCUGUUAUGAGUUAUCUGGAGGAGUUGAAGGAAGCGGAUCGGAUGAAUGAGAAGGAGGUUCGACGACUGAAAAAGGAAUAUGAAGGUGAAUAGGCAUUAUCGUGGUGUUGGUGGUCUUGAACUUACUUAUUUUCCUUAUGAGCAGAUCUGUGGUGUUUCAGAAGUCUCCAAGAUGGAUAUUCCGGUCUCCGAAAUCUUCAAACAGCAAUAUGAAUUAAAUAAUAGGAUAGAUGAUCUAGUUGAAUCAACAGAUAUUCAGAGAAAGACCGACAUCUUCCUCAAAGAAGCCAAAAAGGCUGAUAUUGACUUUCCAAAGGUAAGAAGAUCUUAUUGUUUGUUUUUGAUUAUUGAAACAUGGCCUAAGUGCUUUCAGGAUUCCAAGUUCAAGUAUCCUCCAGAAUCACGCGAAGAUUCAGAAGCUCUAAAAGAAUUGUCGUCAGGUGUCAGAAAGGUCAUUUAUGUUAGUAGAACCCACUCCCAGCUCGCUCAAUUUGCCCAGGAAUUUGGGAAGACAUCCUUUUCUCCGCGACCCAGCCAUCUUGGAUCUCGAGCCGCCUUUUGUUUGAAUGAUGAGAUCAAAAGUUUACCUGGGCCAAUGAUCAAUUGUGAAUGUCAACGAUUAACCAAGAAUGGAGAUGAUAUUGAAGAUAUGGAAGAGGAUUCAGAGGUAUGAAGUCUUGAUGACAAUAUCUUUUGAUUUAGCCAACAAAGAAGCGAUCCAAACGGGAAGGAUGCCAUUUCUAUAACAAAUCAAGGAUAACUCGAAUGAGAGAUCAGAUUUGGAAUGGAAAACUCAUCUCGAAUCAGAUGAAUGAGCUGGGAACAUCAACUCAGGCUUGUCCAUACUUUGCUGCGAAGGCGUCUCUUCCGUUGUCGGAUGUAAUUCUGAUGCCGUAUUCUAUAUUAUUCGACAAAGAGACAAGAGAAUCUUAUGGAAUUGACCUGAAGGAUAAUAUAAUCAUCGUGGAUGAGGCUCACAACUUCUUGGAGACUAUCUGUGCCACUUCUUCAUUCUUCCUCAGCUUUGAUGAAAUGAAAAUGUUAUUGGAUUCGUUGACUUAUUACAAGAGUGUAACUUCUUCCAGGAAUCAGACAAAGUUGUGGGGGGUCCUUCAAUGUGUGGAAAUCUUGAAUCGACUGGUCGACUUUGUGGAGAAAAAAGGCGUGUCUUUGCUGGAACAACAACUCUCACCUGGAUUUUUACGAAAAGAAGUAAGGAGUUAUAAUAUGAUUUGUUUUUAUUAUUUUAGUUGAAUCUCACAUCGGAUUUCCUUCGAAUUGCCCGGUCAAUUGAAUCGGAUGGCCUCUUGAUGGAGAGUCGAGGGAUUGUCCAGCGGUUUUGGAAGCAUAAAUACAACAAGAAGGAGUCGAAAGUGCUGGCUUUGAUCAAUAGAAAGAAGGAAACGGUGGCUGAAGAUACACCCAAACUGGAGAUGGACGGAUUAAGUCUGAUAUCUAGAUUUAUCAAGCUUCUGAAGGCCUUGGCUCAUACCGAUGAAGAUGUUAUUGUAUUUGAAAAGAUUCGAAUUGAAGAAAAGGCUAAAAAUUCUUCCGUAAAUCAUCUGAGAUUACGGUAUUUCAAGCUAUCAAUUGGAUCUGAUUUGAAGAAAGUAAUCAAUGAAAGUAGAGCUUUUGUGAUGGUUGGAGGCACAAUGAGGCCGAUCGGAUAUCUGGCAAGGACACUGAAGAGCUGUUGUGGGAUUAAUGAGGUGAUUGAGAAGCAAUUCCCUCAUGUCAUUGAUGAUUCCAAUGUUCUCCCUGUUAUUAUUGGUGGGCAUUUAACAUAAGAACCGAUUUUUAAUCCAUCGUUUACAUUUUUUGCCCUUUCCAGACAAAGCACCGUCAAAUCGCACCCUUUCUUUGAAGGUUGGCCAGUUGAACGAUCAAGUAAUCGAUGAUUACGUCAACACCGUAGCUGUUAUAAUGGAGAAUGUCCCCAGUGGAUGCAUUGUUUUCCUUCCCAAUUAUAAACUGGUUGAAACCUUCAAGAACAAGCUCACCGGCAAGAUCAAAAAGAAGUUAUUUGCCGAAUCCAAACAGCAGAACCCUUCUAAUCUCCUCUCCGAAUACGAAAAAGAAUCCAAAUUCUUUCCCGGAGCCCUUCUGAUCGCUUCCGCCGGAGGAAAACUGAGUGAAGGAAUUAAUUUUGCUGAUGGAAUGUGCCGUUGUGUGGCUGUUUGUGGCCUUCCUUAUCCAAAUAUGGGAGACAUUGAAGUUAAAUUGAGGGCUAAGGUACGAUUGUGUUACACUAGAUGAUAAAUCUCAUUUUAGCACGCAGUGAAAGAGGGAUUGUGCUCCUCAGAGAACGAUUACCUUCUGAAUCAGACGCUCCGAGUCGUGAGUCAAUGCGUUGGGCGGGCGAUCCGCCACAAAAAUGAUUACUCGGCCAUGUUUUUCUUGGACUCGAGGUAUAAUGGACAACCCAAGGAAAUUCUACCUGAUUGGAUUAGGAAAAACUUGAAGAGAUGUGAAUUAUCGGAGGUCAAGGAGCAGAUGAGAGAUUUUUAUGUGGAAAACAAAAUCAAAAGCGGGAAGAAUUCAUAA